CUGUCGAUAAGUGAAUACGGAGAAGAAGCAGAGUUUGUUGUGGGCGACAGCAAGAUUUUGGCAACGAUUUUAUCAGAGGAAAAACAACUAAUUUAGCAAACCAAAGUAUAUCAAAAAAUCUGCAGACAUGGCGAAAAUGGCAUUUCAGCACCAGGCCGGCACGGCGAUGGAAUGUUUGAGCAUUCCCAUCACUCUGCACAAGGAGAAAGAUUACGACCAGGAAGGACGGGAGAUUCUGAAGUGCGGCUUCAAGAUCGGCGGGGGAAUCGAUCAGGACUAUAAGAAGAGUCCCCAAGGAUAUACGGAUUAUGGCAUUUAUGUGACCGAAGUGCACGAGGGCAGUCCUGCUGCUCGAGCCGGUCUGCGGAUCCACGACAAGAUCCUCCAGUGCAAUGGCUACGACUUCACCAUGGUCACCCACAAAAAGGCCGUCAGCUAUAUCCGGAAAAACCCCAUACUAAAUAUGCUGGUUGCCCGCAAGGGCGUGACCUCCACAUAAGUGAACAUGGGAGUACUAUCUCCACUGAUUCCAGUAUUUAAGCGGCAUUUAAACUAUCCCCUUCACCGCCUCUCCCGGCUAAGGAUCUCUUGCCCUUGCAAUCUAUCCGAAUACCUAGAUAUACCGUAUUAUACAUAUAUAUAUUCAUGUUUUAUGCAUAUCGCGCACUCAUAUAGCCAGCCGUAAAUGUAGCACUUAGUAAUGCUUCUUGUUGAAUUCGAUUUCGAUUCGAUUUAUUUAUCCCUCCAUCACUCGUUGAACAAAUCGCCAAGCUCCAGAGCAUUUCACAGAUUGCCAAAUACCGAUAUAAACAAACAAUCCCAGAAACGUCAGACUCGAAUAUAAACAAUUUUGUACUUUUAUAUGUGCAGACCAUUCCAAAAAGCAAACCGAAGCAAAGAACGCAAAGUUGUAGAAACAAACAUACAUUCAUAGUAAAUACUUGUGAUAAAUGACUUUAACUGUGCAGAUAUGUGCGAAGAAAGCGCAUCACUUAAGUUUUAAAAUUGAGUUUUUAAUGUUAAAUUGCAUUUAAAUAAAUGUUUGCUAAAUAAAUAAA